GGGCGCGUGGGGAAGAGAUGUGGGGGGCGGUGAUAGGGGAAUGUGGGGUUUAGUGGGAGGGGGAUGUGGGGUGCAGUGAGUGCAGAAUGUGGGGUUACAGUGCAGAGAUGUGGGGUGCAGUGGGGCAGAGAUGUGGGGUUAGAACGCAGAGAUGCGGGGGCGUGGGCAGGGGCGUGUGGGGUGCAGUGGGGCAGAGGUGGGGGUACAGGUCAGGGUUGUGGAGUGCAGUGGGAAAGGAUGUGUGGGGUUGUACGGCAGGGAUGGGGGGCUAUAGGGCAGGGAUGGGGAGUUGUAGGGCAGUGCUGUGUGGGGCUGUAGGGCAGGAAGGGGGCCCUGUAGGGCAGAGGCACUGGCUGCAGUGGGGGAAGGUGCUGAGGACGGUGCGGGGGUCCCUGGUCCCGUGUCCCCCCGAUGUCACCCCGCUGUUCCCCACCCCAUCACCGUUUUUGGGGGUCCCUGCAGGUUGCAGCCCUUGCUGUGCCCCCCUCGGGGAGCCCUGAGGGCCCCGCACGCGCCCCGAGAUGAGCAGCAAGGACCCCCCCGAGGUCUCAGAGAGGAGCCACCUGAAGGUGUUCCUGCCCCGGAAGCUGGUGGAGUGUUUGCCCAAAUGUCCCGUCCUCCCCAAGGAGCAGCUGCGCUGGAACACCAACGAGGAAAUCGCCUCGUACCUCAUCACCUUUGAGAAACACGACGAGUGGCUCUCGUGCUCCCCCAAAACCAGGCCGCAGAACGGGUCGGUGAUCCUGUACAACCGGAAGAAGGUGAAGUACCGCAAGGACGGGUACUGCUGGAAGAAACGCAAGGAUGGCAAGACCACGCGUGAGGACCACAUGAAGCUGAAGGUGCAGGGAGUGGAGUGCCUCUACGGCUGCUACGUGCACUCGUCCAUCGUGCCCACCUUCCACCGCCGCUGCUACUGGCUGCUGCAGAACCCCGACAUCGUGCUGGUGCACUACCUGAACGUGCCGGCCAUGGAGGAGUGCGGCCGCGCCUGCGCCCCCCGGCUCUGCAGCCCCCCCCUCUGCUCGGGGGCCCCCCCGAUCUGCGCCGCCGCCGCCGACCCCCGGGAGUGGCUCAAGUGGUCCCAGGAGGAGCUGGUGGCCCAGCUGCGCCCCAUGUUCCACGGGGUGAAGUGGGGCUGCGGGAACGGGGGGGCUGCCCCCGGGCUGUCCCUGGAGCAGCUGGUGCAGCACGUCCUGGAGAGGCACCAGGCCCGGCCGCCCCCCCGCACCCACGCCUGCCUCUGCGCCGGGGGGCUGGGCACCCCCGGCCACAAGUGCAGCAGCACCAAGCACCGCAUCAUCUCCCCCAAAGUGGAGCGGGGAAGCGAGGGGGGCGCCCCGGGGGACCCCCCCAAACCCGCCCCCUCCUCCCCCGACACCACCCAGCCCUCCCCGUGCCUGGGGGGGGGCGCGGCGCCCCCCGAGGGGCCCCGAGCGCCGCCGUUCCCGCCCGGGGGGGGGCUGCCGCUCCUGGUGGUGGCCAGUCUGGGGGGGGGCGCGGCGCCGGGGGGGCCCGAGCAGCCGCUGGGGCUGACCCCCAGCCAGCACCUGGUGACCCCCGAGGGCACCUGCCCCACGGCCCCGCCGCCCCCGGCCGCCUUCGACCCCGACUGCUUCCUCAACAGCCCCCGCCGCGGGCAGACCUACGGCUGCGAGGCCGAGGCCCCCCCCGGGGCGCCCCCCCCGGCCCCCGCCGCGGCCCCCAAGCUGGAGGAGGAGGAGGAGGAGGAGGAGGCGGAGGAAGAGGAGGAGGAGGAGGAGGGGGGAAAGCAGGGCGCGGUCGCCCAGGACCCCCUCAGCGAACUCAGCGCCGCCCCCCCGCCCCAGCCGCCGUUCCCCCUGCCCUUCCCCGAGCUGCUGGUGGGGGACGCGGGGGUCCCCCCAAACCUGCGCGAGCCCCCCCACACCUCCCAGCUCCCCUCCUCCCCCACGGGCCCCCCCAGCGACCCCCCCGUGGCCAUCACCGAUUUCUCCCCGGAGUGGUCGUACCCUGAGGGCGGGGUGAAGGUGCUGAUCACGGGCCCCUGGGGGGACCCCGGUGCCUACUCGUGUCUCUUCGACCGCACCUCGGUUCCGGCCGCGCUGGUCCAGCCGGGCGUGCUGCGCUGCUACUGCCCCCCCCACGAGGCCGGUGUGGCCGCCCUGCGCGUGGCCUGUCCCCCCCGGCUGCUCUCGGCCGCCGCCCCGUUCGAGUACCGGGCGCGGGGGGCGGCGCGGGGCCCCCCCGGGGCACAGCUGGACUGGCUGGCACUGGAUGAGGCCCAGUUCCGUCUGUCCAUCCUGGAGCGCCUGGAGCAGCUGGAGACGCGUCUGGGGGCCCUGCCCCCCCCCGCACCCCUUCCGCCCCCACGGGGGGCUCCCUCUGAGACCCCCCCCGAGCAGGGGCCGGGCUCAUCCUUCGAGGCGCGGGUGGUGGCCAUCUGCGAGGCCAUGAUGGCGCGGCAAGGCUGGUCCGGGACGUCGCUGGGGACAUCGGGGACCUCGAUGCUGGCGCACGGGGUGACGUUCCGUGGGAUGACGCUGCUGCACCUGGCGGCCGCCCAGGGCUAUGCCAGCCUGGUGGAGGCUCUUCGGCGCUGGCGGGCGCUGGCAGUUGAGAGCCUGGAGCUGGAGCAGGAGAUCGACCCCCUCAACGUGGACCAUUUCUCCUGCACCCCCCUGAUGUGGGCGUGUGCCCUGGGGCACCGGGAGGCGGCGGAGCGGCUGUGCCGCUGGGACCGGCGGGCGCUGGCUGUCCCCGACACCCUGGGGCGGCUGCCCCUGGCCCUGGCACGUGCCCGCGGCCACCUGGCCCUGGUCACCCGCCUCGAGGAGCUGCAGAUGUCACCCGUGUCCCCACGGUGCCACCUGCCCGGCCUGCGCAUCCCCUCCCCGCUCUCUGCCAGCCCCGACACAGGGCUGAGCACAGCCAGCAGCCUCUCGUCCCCAUCGGGGCUCUCCGAGGGUCCCGGCUCCGUCCCGCUGCCCCCCGGCCCACCUGGGCCCCCCGAGGAUGAGAGCUGGGGGCUGGCAGUGCCCCCCAGCCCCCCUGAGGAUGCCCUGGCCCCGCCCUCCGACGCCCUGCAGGCCGAGGUGGUGACACUGGCACGGCAGAUCAUCGAGGCCACCCCUGAACGCAUCAAGCAGGAGGCACCGGGGGGGCCCCCGGGGGCACUGGGAGCCCUGGGAGCAGCAGGGGGGACACCAGGGACAACGGGGACCCCGGGGCCAGCAGGGCCAGCAGGGCUUGGUGCUGCCAUGGCCUGGCUGGCCACGUACCUGGAGAGCGUGGACCGUCCCCCCGCACCUGCCCACAGGGCGGAGGUGGCCUCACGGGGGUCCCCGGGGGUCCCCGACCGGCCGCCCCCCCCUUCGGCCGCGGGCUGGGCCGAGUUCCUGAACGCCUCCGGGGGGGCUCGGGGCGAGGGGGGGGCCGUGGCCCUGCUGACCCUCAGUGACCAGGAGCAGCACGAGCUCUACGAGGCCGCGCGUCUUGUGCAGGGCGCUUUCCGCAAGUACCGGGGCCGGAGGCUGAAGGAGCAGCAGGAGCUGGCUGCCGCCGUCAUCCAGCGCUGCUACCGCAAGUACAAGCAGUUCGCCCUGUUCCAGCGGAUGACGCAGGCCGCCAUCCUGAUCCAGAGCAAGUUCCGCAGCUACGCGGAGCAGAAGCGCUUCCAGCGGCGCCGGCGCGCGGCCGUGCUCAUCCAGCAGCGCUUCCGCAGCCUCCGCCAGCACCGGAGCACCUUCCUCACCCUCAAGCAGGACCAGGCAGCCCGGAAGAUCAUGAGGUUCCUGCGGCGCUGCCGCCACCGGAUGGAGGAGCUGAAGCAGAACAAGGAGGUGGACAGUUUACAGACGCGGGGCCUGGCCUCGUGACCCCCCCAAGGGGGACCCAGGCAUUGGGGGACCCUCAGUACCCCCCUCACGGGGGAGCCCAGGCACGGGGGGAGCUCCCCUUGCUGUCCCCCCGGUCGUGUCUGUGUGUCCGGGUGUCCCGGAGGGCUCGUGCGGAGGGGAAGGAGCGGGGAGAGCCGCCCCGCGCCCCCUCCCCACUCGCCCCCAUACCUCCCCCGCAUGCCCACUCCCCCCCCGCCUCGUGGGGGCUCUUUGUACAAAGUUCCAUUAAAAAAACGAGGAAGCGGGAAUGAAAGA